AUGACACGCUAUCUUGAUGAGUUCUACGAGGAGAUAGAUGAGCUCCCACCGAUUCGCGUUCGACGACCCCAUCGGAGACGAUCGUACGGUCAGCYAUUGGUAGAGCGUCCAGACGACACAGAAACACCACUGGAGAGCUUUCUGACCAACACGCCGUACUUCUUAGGAACGAUAGCCGCUGGUCUAAUAGCUGUUUACCUCUUAUCCUUCAUCACCUCCGCACCAACGAAGCCCUGCGAAAUCCACAACAGCCUUUCAGGAUACCCCAUCACGUCAGGAUGGGUGCCAACUCAAUACCAGUCUGUCUUUGGUGAACAGGGCCUGAAUGGCUUCCCAUCCAGUGGGAACUUGCAAGAUUUGAUUCAGAGCCAGCCUGAAUACAAUCCUGGUUCGAUUUGGACGACGCCUUUUGAGAUUAAAUCAUCCAAGCCCCGCGUAUAUGAAGUCUUGCAUUCCAUCAACAAAACAGCCAUCCAAGUCUCCAAGCUGAAGCCGGUGGACCACUCAAAAGUCAUAUCCGAUGCAAGCGCCAGUCUAGCGAGUAUCUCCACUUCGCGUACGCCUCGAGAUCUCCUGGCAAAAGUCACCAUACAAACCAGAAAAGUGCAAGCCUGGGCCGAAAGUCUGAGCCAGGAUAUUGCGCCGGUCCGGGAAGAUAUYAGAAAAGCCGAACAGCACAUCCGCGUUGCAUACCAAUCCAUCGACGUAGACAUGAAAAAGCUCAAAGCCAWCGAAAUGGAAUCCGCCAAUGAAAGACAAUUCUGGAACGUCUUCUCCACACCUCCUCCCUCCGUGCAAAAGCGAAUGGAGACGCUACAAAAAGAAUUCAUCGUUCUCUUAUGGACAGACUACAAACUCAGCAUCCUAGCCUCCAUCCUCUCAGAACGCAUGACCUUACUCCAAGAGUUCUCCCUCAACAUCGGCGCAUUCCAAACCACAGAAGCUGCAGCCGUAACCUAUGAUUCCGGGAAAUACGGCAUUGGAAGUCCGGAAGCUAUACCUCAACGCGCAGCCGCUUUAUUGGAAUUAUCGCAGGGAGUUUUGAAUUAUGCUACUAUAGAUUCUUAUCAUAGAGCUGCUUGUGUUUGGGCGCAGAAUCGUAUGCCUUUGAAGAAGAGGUGUACUUGUCGGGAUUCUCGGUGGAGUUUUUGGUUGCCUAGGGUGGCUUUGUCGGAGGCUGAGAAGCAGUUGGUUGUUAGGAAGGGGAUUAAUAGUGUUUUUUGGGAGAAGGUGCUUGGGGAGGAUGUUGAGGGGAGAGUUAGGAUUGGGUUGCCGGAUAUUCGCGCGGGGAAUGCUUGUMAGGGUUUGUGA